CGCGCCAUGGCGCCCGCGCGCUCGAACGCGCGCGACGUCGAGUCGCAGGAAUCGUGCGCGGCGACGCACUGCGCCGGGAACGGGCACCCCGCGGUCGCGGCGCUCGUCGCGCCGUUCGUCCUCGCGUGGAACGCGAUCGAUGCGUAUCUGACGCCGUGCCUCGGCGCGUACGCGCGGCUGGGCGCGCGCGGCGCGAUGGGAUCGCUGUGCUGUUGCCUGCUGGAAUGCUUUCGGUACGAGGAUAAGGUCUGGGCGGGCGACGCGGCGCUCGGGGUGGAUUGCGAAUUUCGCGGGUGCGAUUGGGCGCGCGUCGACGACCUGAGCGCGGGGAGCGAGGACAAGCCGAUGGUGCUGUAUCAGGGAAUCAUCGAACCUCGGGACUGCGUGCAGGGCCAGCUCGGGGAUUGUUGGUUGGUGAGCGCGCUGGCGUGCCUGGCGGAACACCCGGGAGCGAUCAAACGGUUGAUAUUGAACGGGGAAAAGUCGCUUCGCGGCAAGUAUCGCGUGCGGUUUUACGACGGCAAGGAGAAGAGGUGGGUCACCGUGACGGUGGACGAUCUCAUUCCUUGUUACAAGGGGACGAAGAAUCCGAUAUUUAUGCAACCGCACAACAACGAGUUUUGGCCUUUGAUCGUGGAGAAGGCGAUGGCUAAGUUUAUGGGGAGCUACGCCGCGCUGGACGGCGGGUUCGGCACGUGGGCCACGCACGCGCUCACGGGCGAUAACGUCUUCUUGCUCAAGAAGCGCAUGGACGUCGAACGCACGUGGCGGCGACACAACAUGAAGUUUAUCGGUAAGCCCGGUGACGGCGGUAAGAAGGAUCGCAUCUAUCACGAAGAAGUCGAGGAAAACAUCGUGCGCGAUAAAUUGUUCAACAUCCUGACCCAGUACGACAGCAUCAAGUCCCUGAUCGCCGUGUCGAGGAUGACUAAAAAUGGCGAGAGCAAAGACGAAACCACCGGCUUGGUGUCCGGUCACUUGUUCUCCGUCAUCUCCGUGCGUUGGGCUGGACGCUCUUGGGGCGUCGGUGGAAAGCGUUUCAUCAAGCUUCGCAAUCCGUGGUCGACGUUUGAAUGGAAGGGCGCUUGGGCUGAUGGAUCGAAAGAAUGGGACAAACACCCGGCCAUCGCGAAGGAGCUCGCGUACGUGAACGAUCAUCACGACGGCGUGUUUUGGAUGGAGUUUGACGAUUUUUGCGAGUACUUCAACCAAAUCGCGGUGUGUGACCGAACGACAAAGCGCGACUUUUCGCUCCGGUACGAUCACGACAAUAAAUAUUGUGGUCCAUUGAUGGGCUGCGUGAGCGGUUGUGCGUGCUUCUGGUGCGGAUGCCAAGGUCCGUACAAACUUUAUUGCGGACACCAAUCGACGACCGAAACGCGUCAGGCGACCAAGUGCUGCGGCACGAUGAAAGUCGCGAACGACGCGUGAAUAAAUUAACGACUACUUUACGCGAGUCGGCUUGUAAUGAAUUUGAGAGCUCUGUCUC